CAUCUGGCCACACCCCUGGGUUCAUAUAACAGCUCCGCCUCCUUGACGGUGAUUGGCCGGCGCAACUGUAGCUCAGGAGAGGCACUCAGGUGGCCAAUCACCGGUGAGGAGGUGGAGCUUGGAGAGGAGGAGCUGAGCGGCAGCACGAAGAUCAAAGAAGAUCGCGUGAGGGAGCUGCCGGAGCGAGUGAAGAGAGCGGCCAAAGAAGGAAGACAGCUGUCCGGUAAGUGUCUCUACUCCAGGUUUGUUGGCUGUAGAGGGAGGGAGUGAGCCCAGGCUGGAGCAGGGGUCAGCAAGGUAAGUAUCAUUGGUGUCAGUGGGAG